GUACUAUUAACAUUCUUAGAUCCGAUGGAGAUCGACAGACCAUAUCAGAUACUCCGUGCAAUGAUGGAGAUCGGAUGCAUCUGGCGAUGGCGUGUAGCUGAGUGAGUUGACAGGGAUCCGAAUUUUAUUUCCUUUUUCGCUGACCGACCCGGAACUUCACGAUCUAAUUUUUGGACUGCUAACUGGCCAAUGUUUUCAUGGACCAGUUCUACGCACAACCACAUCGCAAAUGGCCUCAGGCGUUUCAUCGAGAAUGGACGAUAAGCAUUCAUACAGGCGGGCUGGGAAUCCAUAAGAGUCAUCAAACAUGAUUGAGAUACUAUUACUUACCUCUUCACUCUUGAUCAACCGCCACGGAGGGUCGACAUUCGCCACAUAGUUUUGUCCCUUGGUUUCUUCGCUUUUGAUAUAUCUGUUCGACGAAUCCAUUCAUUCCUCCUGAUUUUCAUAUUGUUCCUUACCGUCUAUCGUUUGAUAGUGCGAAGAUGGCCGACUCCCCCAAACUUCUGUUCAUUGACUCGUACGACUCAUUCAGUCAGAACAUCGUUGCUCUUCUUUCUGACUCGAUACAAGCCGACAUCGAGAUCAUUCAAAAUGACGACGAGAGGUUUAUUACGGAGCACGGAAGCAUCAGGCAUGACCAUUUCCGCAUAUUCCUUCAAUCGUUCGACGCAAUAGUCGCUGGACCGGGACCAGGAAAUCCGACCAAAUCGGCCGAUGUUGGUCUAAUCACCGCACUUUGGGAUCUCCCACAUCAGUCGCUACUCCCUGUACUCGGAAUUUGUCUUGGGUUUCAAUCGCUGGGGUUUCAUUUUGGUGCCAACGUGCGCCGGCUUACGCACCCUCGCCAUGGAAUCAUCCAGAACGUCGCCCACACCAAAGAGGACAUAUUCAAGGGCGUCGAGAACGUCCAGGCAACCCAAUAUCAUUCACUACACGUCGAUCUUGGAUGUACCAAUUCCACAUGGAUACCAUUGGAGACAUGUCCAUCCUUACUCCCCCUAGCUUGGAUCCUGGACGACGCCGAAAACGGAGCGAUUUUGAUGGCCCUGAAACACAUGAAGAAGCCAUUUUGGGGAGUUCAGUAUCAUCCCGAGUCGAUCUGUACAAACCCAGAAGGUGGCAAGAUCAUUUCAAACUGGUGGUGGGAAGCUAAAGCUUGGAACGAGUCGAAUAGAAGACGACGGAUCGACUCUCCGAUGUCGUUUUCACCUCUGGAGCAGCCUGCACCGGACAUUCCGGAUGACCUGGGAGAAGGGAGUUUACUAUUACCACUGUCUAUUCCGGUCAAUGGCAAACCUUCAACCUUCCAUAUCUCUUCGAGUGCAUACUCGAAGAGUCUCGACCAGUGCGGUUGGACCGUACAAACAGCCUGCCAGGCGCUCGAGGCUUCCGACCGCGAGCUGAUAGUGCUCGAAUCCUCCAACACAAAGGUUCUGACCGGUAAAUACUCCAUCAUUGGGCUAAUCCUGGAUGACACGAUCCGCAUCCAUUACUUUGCAGCCUCCCACAUGCUCCAGAUUCGAGAUGGCCAGGACCACACCAUCUUCGAAUGUGUGGUCGACGAUGCUUGGGCGUACUUCCGCGAAUUCAUGAAAAACAUCCAGGUGUCCAUUGUAGAUGCCGGCGCUGUUCCUUUUAGUGGGGGGUUGAUGGGGUUUAUCUCGUAUGAGGCGGGGUUAGAUACGAUUGGGAUCACCCCUUCGAGUUCCCCUGAUGGUCAGCCGCCCUCGGACAUCGCUUUUGCGUUUGUGACGAGGAGCGUUGUGUUCGAUCACACCCAGAAAAGAAUUGUCGUGCAGAGCAUUGGCGCGGAGGAUGAAGACUGGGUGCGCAAGACUUCUGCUCUGCUCAGCAGUAUGGAUUCAGACACGGCUUCCCCUUCUUUUAUGACCCCAGCCCCGACAGUUUCCGUGCAAUACUCCCCCGACCCGAAAGAGUAUUGCGAUAAGGUUAAAAGCUGCCAAGAAGAGAUUCGGGCCGGCAAUUCAUACGAGCUGUGCCUGACAGAUCGGCAGAUCUUGGAGUUCGAUGGCUCUUGUUCAAAUGACAAUCUGCCGUGGACUCUUUACAAGCAAGGGGCCUUCCACAACCCAGCGCCGUUCUCAGCAUACAUUCGUCUCGGACCCCUAGACAGAGGGUUCAACAUCCUCAGUUUCAGCCCGGAGAAGUUCCUGUCUUGGAACAGGGAAGGGACAUGCGAGAUGCGGCCUAUUAAGGGCACAUUGAAGAAGACUACAAGCGACGGGCGAAGGUUGACAUGCGCCGAUGCCGAGGACUUUUUCCAGUCACCUAAGGAGCGAGCGGAGAAUCUAAUGAUCGUCGAUCUUAUCCGUCAUGAUCUACACGGCGCUCUCGGCGCUGGCAACGUGGAAGUGACUAAGCUCAUGGGUGUUGAAGAGUACGAGACGGUCUACCAGCUCGUGUCAGUCAUUGAAGGCAAAUUCAAGCAGCGUACAAUGAUGGCUGAAGCUGUCUCGAGCUCUCCAACGGACACCCGACCGCUACUGGCCAUUCCAUCGAGGCGACUCCGCGAAGAAAGUCUCCAGCCUCGAACCCAACGUGCUGCGUCCGGCGUCGAUGUGCUCGCCUGCUCACUCCCCCCCGGGUCCAUGACUGGCGCACCCAAGAAGCGCUCCUGUGAACUUCUGCAGUCAAUCGAAGGGAACCAGCCUCGCGGAAUCUACUCCGGGGUGCUCGGAUACAUGGACGUUGGUGGUGGAGGGGCGUUCUCGGUCGUUAUUCGGAGUGCGUAUCGCUGGGAUGGUGAUGCCGCAAGAUGGCACAUCGGAGCCGGAGGCGCGGUGACAACAUUGAGCGGUCCCGAGGACGAGUACGCGGAAAUGGUCGCGAAGAGGGAAGCAGCGUUGUUGAUGUUCAAGGCGAUCAAGCGGUGAGCUGGAAGUGACUUGAGGAUGUUAUGAUUGGGGCUAUGUACGAUACUGGCAUGGAGCAAGGAGUUAUGUCUGGCGUGGAUAUUGGAGUUGGUCCGAAGGUCUCCACACAUUCAACAGUUGAUAUUGGGUGGAAACCAUGAUAAAAUACGGCUUCAACGCUACAAGAUGUAAAUAUAUAUAUGCAUCAAGGAGAUUCCAUUCCUCUCAU